AUGGACAAAAAAAAAACCAUUUUGUCUGGUAGCAAAAACCUUCUUCACUUGAUUAUGAUGAAUGACUUUUUGAGCGAAAUGACCUCAUCGCUUGUGGCUUCAUUUUUGUACAUUCGUAGCUUUAACUUUGCGAAACAAGAAAUGCAACAUAAAAUCAGAAGACAAGCUGCAAUGAAAAGCAGCUAUAAAAGAGAAUUAAGCUUACAUUUGAUAUACGGACGACAACAGCAACCAACAGAACAGAAAUGA